GUGUGUGUAGGGGGCUUUGGGGCGCUCGGGUUUGUAGUUUUGAAACUUCUGGCGGGGGAACUAGGGCGCAGAGUUUUGGUGGGUGGUGGGAGCCGAAGUGACGCCCUUCCGGAAACCCCGCAGCCGGGCUCCGCGGCUGAGCCGGCGCACGUGUGAGCGCCGCUAAGGAAGCGGCGAGCGGCCGAGCCGGUGUCGCUGCAGCCGGGGCCGCACGGACCAGAGGGAGUUCCGGGACGCGCGGGUCUCAGUGUGCAGCCGGCGCCCGUCCCUGACUUCUGUGUCGCGGCCCCUGCGCCUCUCCCUAGCGAUGCUGUGGAGCCGGAACUGCUCUGGAGUCGGCUGCCGCUUGUCAAGCCUCCCCUCGCCUCUGCUCCCGGAACGGCAGCGUCGCAGCUGCCGCUGAUCCACCUGGGGAUGCCCGCGGGCCUCACGGAACCGGCCGGCGCCGCCCCCCCCGCCGGUGUGAGCGCCUCCGGGACCGUGACGAUGGCCCCCGCUGGGACUGUGCCUGUCCGUGUGGAGAGCACCCCGGUGGCCUUGGGCGCCGUGACUAAGGCUCCUGUCAGUGUCUGCGUGGAGUCCACGGUGUCCCAGCCCCUGCGGUCCCCCGUGGGGACCCUGGUGACCAAAGUGGCUCCUGUCAGUGCUCUUCCUAAACUCAGCAGCGGCCCCCCGCUGCCUGCUCCUCAGAUAGUCGCUGUGAAAGCCCCCAACACCACAACAAUCCAGUUGCCUGCUAAUUUGCAGCUUCCUCCAGGAACAGUUUUGAUCAAAAGUAACAGUGGCCAGUUGAUGUUGGUAUCUCCUCAGCAAGCUGUGACAAGAGCAGAGACCACUACUAACAUAACUUCAAGGCCAGCUGUACCAACAAAUACUCAUACAGUCAAAAUCUGUACAAUGCCGAAUUCUAGUUCACAGUUAAUUAAGAAAGUGGCAGUGGCACCUGUUAAAAAAUUGGCACAAAUAGGAACUACUGUUGUAACCACUGUUCCAAAGCCUUCCUCAGUACAAUCUGUAGCUGUGCCAGCCAAUGUUGUCACAGUUACUCCUGUAAAGCCGUUGAAUUCCGUAACUACCCUGAAGCCUUCAAGUUUGGGAGCAUCAGCUGCCCCCUCAAAUGAGCCCAGUCUCAACACAGAGAACUCAGCAGCUGUUCAGACGAGUCUUUCUCCGGCGAUGCUAGAAAAUGUGAAGAAAUGUAAGAACUUCCUUGCAAUGUUAAUAAAACUAGCAUGUAGUGGAUCACAGUCUCCAGAAAUGGGGCAGAAUGUCAAGAAACUGGUGGAACAACUUUUGAAAAGUGUGAAUGCCUUACGACAACUCAUGCCCAGCUCCCAGAGCUUUAUUCAGCAGUGUGUUCAGCAGACCUCUAGUGACGUAGUCAUUGCCACCUGUACCACAACAGCCACAACUUCUCCUGUGGUGACAACAGCAGUUUGCUCAAUGCAGUCUGAAAAACCCAUCAUUGUUUCCGGAGCAACAACACCCAGUACUGUGUCAGUGCCGACUCUGAAUCCACUCGCUGGUCCAGGGGGAGCAAAAACUGGAGUUGUGACACUUCAUUCUGUGGGUCCAUGUGCUGUGCCAGGAGGAACAACCGCUGGAAGUGUUUUGCUUCAGACUCCAAAACCACUUGUGACAUCUAUACAGAAUACAGUUACAGCAGUCUCGCUUCAACCUGAAAAGCCAGUUGUCUCUGGGGCAGCAGUCACGCUGGCCCUUCCCUCAGUAACUUUCGGAGAAGCUUCCGCAGCAGCUCUCUGUCUUCCAUCUGUGAAGCCUGUUGUUACUUCUGCUGGGACCACAUCCGACAAGGCCGUCAUUGCUCCAGUCCAGAUCAAACUUGCACAGCCGGGCCCCAUCCUUUCACAACCAGCUGGGAUUCCCCAGGCAGUUCAAGUCAAACAGCUAGUAGUCCAGCAGCCUUCAGGAGGUGUUGCAAAACAAGUGACCACACUUUCCCAUUCCUCAGCAUUGACCAUUCAGAAAUCUGGACAGAAGAAGAUGCCAAUGAGCACUGCAAUACCUACCAGUCAGUUUGCUCCAGCUUCCAUUCUAAAGCAAAUUACCCUGCCAGGAAAUAAGAUUCUGUCAAUCCAAGCAUCUCCUAUUCAGAAAAAUAAAGUAAAAGAGAAUGGAACAACAUCCUUCAGAGAUGAAGAUGACAUCAAUGAUGUGACUUCCAUGGCAGGGGUCAACCUCAGUGAAGAAAAUGCCUGCAUCUUAGCAACAAACUCUGAAUUGGUUGGCACACUUGUUCAGUCAUGUAAAGAUGAACCAUUUCUUUUCAUUGGAGCUCUGCAAAAGAGAAUAUUAGACAUUGGUAAAAAGCAUGACAUUACAGAACUUAACUCUGAUGCUGUGAACUUGAUCUCCCAUGCAACACAGGAGCGAUUACGAGGCCUUCUAGAAAAACUGACUACAAUUGCUCAGCAUCGAAUGACAACUUACAAGGCAAGUGAAAAUUACAUCCUGUCUAGUGAUACCAGAUCACAGCUCAAAUUUCUCGAAAAGCUAGAUCAAUUGGAGAAGCAGAGAAAGGAUUUAGAAGAAAGAGAAAUGUUACUUAGGGUAGCCAAGAGUCGUUCCAAUAAAGAAGAUCCAGAACAGCUGAGAUUAAAGCAGAAAGCCAAAGAGUUACAACAGUUGGAGCUUGCGCAGAUACAGCAUAGAGAUGCUAACCUCACAGCUCUUGCGGCUAUUGGACCAAGAAAGAAGAGACCACUAGAAUCUGGGUCUGGAAGUGAGAUGGGAACCUGAAAUCUUACCUGUUGGAUUUAAAUUUGUUAGAAUAAUCAUAUAAUCCCAGAGGGUAGUGAAGUCAAGUCUGGUUCUUUGAAGAAUAACUCCUUAGUUCAAAUGCGGUUUUUUUGUCUACUAAAAAUUCAGAAAAUUAAGCUUAGUACUUUUGCACUUACAGGUUACCAUUUUUGUUGAUAAUAAAUCAACAAUAAUAAUAA